AUGGAUCGGCCGGUCGUUGUCAACUCGGUGCUCUGUUUCAUUCACAACUACCGCGAGAGUGUACCGCGGACACAGCUCGACUCGCUGAUCCGCAGCUAUUUUUCGAAAGGCGCGAUCGCCAUGGCGCACGCGACUUUGGCCGAACUGGCAGGGGGGCGCGUGCCGCUGGCUAGCCAGGACGAUUUGCUGCAACUCUACGACCAGCUGAUGGUCAGCUGCGGUCAGCAGCAGCAGUGGCCGGUAUUCGCCACCGCCGACCUCAGCGUGCUGCCACUCACUCUGAUCACCGCUGAUCGACAGCACUCCAACAACGAGCUGCUGCGCGAAAUUCGCCAGCUUAAGCGAUUCAUCCAGGAUGCGCUGAAUGGCAAAGUGGACGAGCCGGCUCCGCUCAUCGACUGUGCAGUGCAGACGACGAAUGAGGAGCAGGAGGAAGAGGAGGACGAAGAAGAGGAGGAACAGCGCACGAAUUCCGCUUCACAGCAGCUGCAGCAAAGGCACCCAUCCAGUAGUUGUUUUUCACCGAAAUCAGGUUUCCAGUCCACGGGUGCUUCCGCAUCCUCACCGGAGUCAUCGAGCUUCGUGUUCAGUACCACAGCUCCAAUGAGCCUUAUGUCACCGGUUUCACCGAACCGUCAUCCUGAAAACCACCUACCUGACGGUAGCUGCAGCAGUGCUACUGCUGCUGUUCGCAGCAUUCUGGCGAAUAGCAGUAAUAGCUUUACUUCGAUAGCUACAACCAUCAGCAACGGUAUCGGUACCCGUCGGAAACGGGACGGUUGCGGUAAUCGUCUCGAUGCAAUGGUCCGUAAGCUGGCUGACAAGCAAAAGGAGAAGCAAGCAGCAGCAGCAGAGGCGGCGGCAGCAGCAAGCACAGGUGUGACAGCGGUAGUAGCUUCAUCAUCUAUGGUGGUAACAUCGGCGCCAGCAUCGUUAUCGUCAUCAGCGUCAUCGUCAUCGUCUUCAUCGUCAUCCUCAUCCUCAUCAUCAUGCAUGGGCACCACUGUACAGGAGCAGUCUCCGCCACCGGCUACUCUUUGGCAUGCCCAAAUGAUUGACCCGAUUGCGUACGCGAACAUGCUUCGAACGAUGACAAUCGCUGCAACCGCCGUUUCUCAAUCAUCAUCAAUCUUCCCGGCUGUCGGCAGAACUCUUCACAACGAUCGGUUUGUUUCUUUUUAUUUUUUCAUGUUAGUUCAAAGGUGCCACCUGACUGGUCAUCCCUGGGGCCAGCACACUAGUGAUUCCAUUCGCACCCUUGCAUUUCGCAUUGUAAACAUGCUGAGUUUCACCCGGAACGUUACCUUUUGUUUCUGA